UGGGGCAGCUGCAUCAGUCAGGGAUCAGUGUUGCCCGAAUGAAUCCAGUCAGCGGUAUCAGAUUAGCGGAGGCGUAAAGCUAGCUCCUGUGUGGCAUAGGAGACAGCAGUACGCUGGCUUAGUGGCUCACCCGUCUGUCGGCAAGGUCAGCCUUCAGAGCCUGGAGAAUUUCCUUUGUCUCUUCCACUACGUGCAGCACCACUGCAAACACAGCAGCAAAGAUGCACUGAAAUUCUGCUCAGACAUGAGUGGGGCCAGUAACACACUGGCACGGGAGUUCUUGACUGAUGUGCAUCAGCUCUGCAGUGCGGUAGCCCAGAGAGCAGAGGCACGGGAGGAAGAUGAGGAGGAAAGUCACAUGGUGGCUCUGGGCGAGUACCUGGUCAGGGGACGGGGCUUCCUGCUGCUCAGUACCCUGGACUCGAUCAUCGAUCAGGAGCUGACCUGUCGCGAGGAACUGCUCACUCUGCUGCUGUCUUUACUCCCAUUGGUCUGGAAGAUUCCCGUGCAGGAGGAAAAAGCCCCAGAUUUCACCCUGCCGUCCCUGCUGGAGGUAUUCCUGAACCGGGAGGUGAAGGCCAUCCCUCUCAGAACAGGACUGAAGGCUGCAACAGAUGAGCAGACCUCUGGGAAGAGAUCCCGUGUUGGCAGCGGUACCUGGAAGUCACGGAGGUCCCGGCGGACAGCUCAGAGAUACUCUGUGAAAGAUGCUCGCAAGUCUCAGGUUUCUACCUCAGAUUCAGAAGCCAACUCUGAAGACAAAACUGGCCCAGGUAGUGCACGGAGCCGAAGAUCACAUGGCUCCACCAUCCAGGUAAGCUGUCAGCAUCAUCGAUCAGACGCCUCGCAGUUCACGUCCACCGGCACCACCACCACAGAAACCAUGAGUGCCCCAUACCCACAUCCCAGAGCCCCUGGAUCCCAGAUGGCUGACAGCGAAACCCUAACAGACCCAGCUGCAAUAUCAAUAUUCAACCGAAUGGAAAACUCGCCUUUUGAUCUCUGUCAUGUGUUGCUUUCCUUGUUGGAGAAAGUGUGUAAAUUUGACAUGAGCAUCAACCACAACCCUGGCCUGGCUGUCAGCGUUGUACCUACUCUCACAGAGAUCCUUACUGAAUUUGGAGAUUGCUGUGGUCCAGGGGGAGACGGUGGAGGUGGGGCAGGACCAGAGGAGCUCGCUGGAGGCUGGACAGAGGAGCCAAUUGCACUAGUUCAGAGAAUGCUACUACGAACCAUCUUGCACCUGAUGUCUGUGGAUGUAAGUCAGAAUGACAGCCUUCCAGACAGCCUGAGACGUAGUCUAACAGACCUGCUGCGAGCUACUCUCAAAAUCCGGAGCUGCUUGGACAGACAGAGUAACCCUUUUGCUCCUCGGCCCAAGAAGACUCUACAGGAGGUACAGGAUGACUUCUCAUUCUCUCGUUAUCGCCACAGAGCGCUACUGCUUCCAGAGCUUUUAGAAGGAGUACUGCAAGUCCUGCUGGGUUGCCUGCAGGCUUCCACACCCAACCCUUUUUUCUUUAGUCAAGCUCUAGAGCUCAUCCAUGAGUUUGUUCAGCACCGUGGCCUAGAGCUCUUUGAGACUACAGUGCUUCGACUGGAGGGACUUGGCAGAGCCAGAGAUUCUAAAGUUGGAGGUGAAGCCUCAGAGAGGCUACGAAGCCUCAUUGCAGGGGUCUUCAAGAUUGUCAGUGCUGUAAAGAAGGCAAAGUCAGAGCAGCUGCAUCAGUCUGUAUGUGCCCGACGGCGCCAUCGUCGCUGUGAAUAUUCCCACUUCCUGCAUCAUCACAGAGACUUAUCAGGUUUGCCCGUGUCUGCUUUCAAGCAAGCUGCUAGACGCAACCCCUUCGAAGAGGAUGGAGAAGGCGGCGGAGAGAUGGAGGGUGAAGCAGUACGUUAUCCUGAGCGCUGUUGCUGCUUGGCUGCCUGUGCCCACCAAUGCCUGCGACUCCUGCAGCGCCUGUCCCCAGCGGGCGCUGUGUUGCAGGUAUUGGCUGGGGUGCAGGCUGUUGGAAUCUGCUGUUGUAUGGACCCCCGUUCAGUAGUAGGACCCUUACUCCAUGCCUUCAAAGCUCCAGGGCUGCGUAGUUACCAGUCUCAUGUUCUUAGUGUCCUGGGGAGACUGAUCUUAGACCAGCUUGGUGGGGGACAGCCUUCAGAAAAAGCCAAGCUGGCCUCAUGUAACAUCUGCACCCUGGAUAGCAGCCAGCUGCCAGGCCUGGAGGAGACAUUGCAGCACGGGGAACCUUCAGCUAUUUCUACCAGCCUGUGUUACCGCUCCCAGGGUAUUCUGCCAAGUGGAGGGGGCACUGAGGAUAUGCUGUGGAAGUGGAAUGCUCUGGAGGCCUACCAGGAGCUAGUGUUUGGUGAGGACUGGCAGCUUAGUCAGCAGAUAGCUGGCCACGUGUGCCACCUAACUCAGAGGGGCAAUGCUAUAGUGCAGUGGCAGCUCUACACACACAUCUUCAACCCUGUGCUGCAGAGAGGGGUAGAGCUAGCCCACCACGCCCAGCAACUGGGAGUUUCUACUGUCUGUACUCAGGUCUGCAGCUAUCACACGCAGUGCCUGCCCGUGGAGGUACUACUUGUUUACCUACAAACGUUACCAUCGCUUCUCAAAUCAAGGGUGAUCAGAGACCUUUUUAUUAGCUGUAAUGGACUCAACCAGGUGACAGAGCUUGUCUACUUGGACCAGACGCGCUCUUUAGCUUUGAAGGUGUUUGAGACUCUGAUAAUAGGCAGUGGAAAGCAGCAGGCUGAGGUGGUGCUUCAGGAGCUGGAGAGUGCUGAUGCUGAAGAAAGGGAGGCUGUCUUAGGCCUGGCUGAGGAACUGGGGCCCAGAGGCAUCGGAGAAGGCGCACAGAGUCUCAGCAAGUUCUAUGAAGGUCUGAAGGAGGCUUAUCCACGACAUAAGAGCCGUAGCGGGCAGGCUCGUGGACCGGGGCGCAGCCGAACAGAGAUCCACCUCCACGUUAUCAAUCUUUUUCUAUGUGUGGCCUUCCUCUGCGUCAGCAAGGAGGCCGAUUCCGACCGGGACUCAGCCAACGACUCCGAAGACACGUCAGGUUAUGACAGUACAGCGAGUGAACCUCUGGGUGGACGGCUGCCAUAUCUGUCCCCAGACAGUGUAGCCCUGCCCUCUAAAGAGCAGCUACGACGCGCCGCUGAUGUUUGGUCAGUGUGUCGGUGGAUCUACCUGGCCAGCCCUUUGUUCCAGAAACAGUUCUUCAGGCUGGGUGGAUUGGAUGUCUGCUUGCGCCUCAUGGCAAUGGUCAUUCAGAAGCUCUCAUGUAAAACAAAGGAUGGAAAAGCAAAGAAGAAGAGAGACGGUAAAGGUAAAGGUAGCCCCGACUCCACAGCCACUUCACUGGGACUGGAGGAGACUUCUCAUGAUGCAUCUGAAACCAGCAGCACCAGUCCAGCUGAAGGAAAGACCAAAGAUCCAGCAAAGAAACUUGAGGAAGAAUGGCAGCUUCAAAGUAUUCGUCUCCUUGAGGCUUUGCUGGCUAUUUGCCUACACAGUGCUAACUCAGCCCUGCAGAGGAUAGAGCCUGAGCUUUCUUAUCAGCUCCAUUCAGUGGAGGAUACCUUGUUAGAGGUGAGAGACCAUCUCUCUCGGUCUGGAGUGGUGAACUCUGACCUUGCCAUACCCCUGUUUGACUCUCUCCUGAGAGUGGCCUUGGCCGAGGUGUCAUCCUGUCCGGAUCCCCCCGAGGAGAAGCCAGAGAGGAAGCUCCAGGUGUUGGCGGAGGGGGCGGCCCCAGCGGGCGAUCUGUCUGAGGAGGUGGACGAGGUGCAGAGCUGCGGCGGCAAGCCCCCAGGGGAGGAGGAGGGCUACGACGCUGACAGCGAAAGCAACCCAGAGGACAUGGCCAAGCAGGAAGAGGGUUUGAAGGUGGAGCCAGCCGCAUUGCAUGAGUUUGUAGCGGUGGCAGACGGGCCCGGGCGAGGCGCGCUCCUGUUCCCAGAGAUCUGCACGAUGGAGCUGCAACUACUUGCUUCUGGCUCCCCAGACCUGGAGGUUCUGAGUCAUGUGUUUCACAGCCUGCUCGGUGCAGUACACGCCAAUCGCCACAAUGCUGCUCUCCUCUAUGACCAGGGAGGAGUCAAAACUAUCCUGUCUGGCUUUCACAACAUUCUCAGUCAAACAAACCACUCGUUCACAGAUUGCCAGACUGUGCUUGUGGAGCUGCUGGUUGCCAUGGUGAGCCAGAGGAUCACAGCUGAGGAGCUGGCUCUAUUGAGUCGCCUCUUCCUGGAGAAGACCCCACCUACUGAGAUUUUACUCAAGGGCAUCUUACAAAUUGUCGAAGCCAACAUGAACAUCGAACCUCUACACUUUCUGAGUUUUCCGAUAAUCCUUGGGGCUUCGACUCCGGGAGGGUUUUCCCCCAGCUCCAGACAGAACUGUGGCGCUGGAGGGAAAAGUGUUGGUUUGCUCUGGAAGAGCAAGCUGUCUCCAGGCCGUAGGGAGGGAGAAGCUGAGUACCAACCGAGCCACCUGCGCACCUCUCCCUGGCACAUCGCUCCUCUCCACCUGCCCUUAGUUGGACAGAACUGCUGGCCCCAUAUGGCCAGCGGCUUCAGUGCCUCUAUGUGGCUGAGGGUGGCUGAGCAGGAAGCGAAGGACGGGGACAAAAACAGGGGUGAGGCAGAACUCCUUCACUAAGAAUCCUUUGUGCUUGAUGCCCAUGAACACGAAUCGUUUUUGACAUUCUCUGCUUAUUGUUUUCCAGAAGAAAGUAACCCUCCUGCAGCUGAGUUGCACCAUGCGUCAUCUCAGGCAGGGACAAGAUUGUUAGAGGAAGGACUCAUUCAUAUUCUAUCCAUGGGCUCCAAGGCACUGAUGCUUCAAGUGUGGGCAGACUUCUCUACAGGCUCUCUCACUUUUAGGAUUUGUAUAGACCCCAACGAUGAGAUAAAAGCAGGCCUGUUGGCACAGGCAGACUCAGGUGAGGGCCUGUUCAGUGGGGGCCAGUGGCAACACCUUGCCCUCACUUACAGCCAGCAGCCGGAGGGAAAGAAGAACGUCCAUGGCCGCGUGGUCGUCUGGGUGUCUGGCAUCUGGAAGUGUGAGGUUUCUUUGGAUUACACCCUACCCAGAAAGUCCAGUUUAUCAUCUGACAGCAACAAAACCUUCUGCAUGUUGGGCCACUGUGUGCCAUCCUCAGAGGAGAUGGGAACACGCUGGAACAUGGGCACUGUGCUACUCUUCAACGGGUCUAGAAUAGGAUCUGAGGAGGCCUUCUACCUGUACACGAGUGGACCAGACCUCACCUCGAUCAUGCCCUGCAAGUAUGGCAAGCCCAGUGUAACAUUCUCCAAGUUUGUCACCCAGGAAGGUCUGAAGUGUGAGCACGUGAGAGAGAUUUUAAUGAAGAGCAAGGAUGUAGACACAACAACUUUGGUCGAGAGCCUGGCAGUCGUGUACGCCCCCAGCAGUCCGAGAGUCUACACAAUUUAUGAGCCUGUAAUCAGACUGAAAGGUCAAGCAAAGACAGUGGUUACCCAGCGGCCCUUCAGCUCCAAAGAGGUGCAAAGUGUUUCCCUGGAGUCCAGUGCUUUCAGAGCUCUGCUCCCCACUGAAACCCACGGCCUGCAGAGUGUGCUGCACAAGAUCGGAGGAACUGGAACUUUUGUCUUCCUCUUUGCACAGACAGUGGAGCUCAGUGACUGUGAGAAGACCCAGGCUCUGGCCCUGCAAGUGCUGCUGUCGCUGUCCAAAUUUAACCAACACCGCAUCCACGAAAUGGACUGUUACCAUGGUUACUCCAUGAUCCAUCAGGUCCUCAUCAAACCCAAAUGCAUCGUAGGAUAUCACAUGCUGAAAACUUUACUUGAUGGGUGUUGCAGUGGACCCAUCCUCAUCCUCGGAGAAGACGGUCAGUUCCGUUUGGACGCGGAAUCAGUGGCUGUGGUACAGGAUUUAAGGCUUCUCUCAGACAUUCUGUUGGAUUGGAAGAUCUGGGCCAAGGCGGAGUGCGGAGUGUGGGAGACGCUACUGGCUGCCUUAGAGAUCCUCAUCAGGGUUCACCACCCUCAUCAGGUCUUUAAUAUCCGUCAGUUCCUCAAGGCUGAAGUAGUGCAUCGCUUCCUGCUCACCUGUCAGGUAUUACAGGAACAUCGGGAUGAGCAUCUCACAGCGAUCCCGCAGGAGGUGUCUUUGUCAUUCAUCAAAAUCAUCCAGGAAGUACUCGGGUCUCCUCCGGACAUGGAUCUGCUAAAACUGAUCUAUAACUUCCUGAUGGCUGUGCACCCACCUACCAACACCUACGUCUGCCACACUCCAUCCACCUUCUACUUCUCACUGCAUAUAGAUGGGAAGCUGUACCAGGAGAAGGUGCAGUCCAUUAUGUACCUAAGACACUCCAACAGCGGAGGAAAGUCUGCCAGCAGCUCUGUGGUGUCGCUCUCCCCGACUGUUUUCGCCGAUGCUCCUCAUGACGGCCAUCUCCAUGCUGCUUCCCUUGAUCAUGGAGGUGAUGAUCAGUCAUUACGUGCCCCUAGUCUGGGGCCGUCUCCGUACUCCUCGCCUCUGCUGACGCCUCGUCUCGGACGCAGUAGCUCAAACGAGGCAGCCGAAGGUGACGGGGCAUCCCUCGCCACUCAUCAGGCUCUCGGGAGCACAGAGACGCUCAAGAAGGGCGGAGGUGAUGAGCAGCUCCUCAGCAGCUGUGAGUCUGCCAAGACGAUAUGUGAGGACAAAGACGCAGGCGAGGGAGCGGCCCCGCGCACACCAUCCAUCAGUGUGGAGGAGGAGCGGGAUGAGGCAGCAGAGGUCGACAGCCUGGCAGACGGGAGCGUUGGGGUGGCAGAGUCCGAGGACAGGUUCGAGUGGGUCAGUGACGAGGCGCCACGCCGCCCUGACAGCCUGAAAGGCAUCCCGUCCUUCCAGAGAAGCCACAGCAAUCUUGCCAGUCUAGGUCUGGCCUUCCCAGCUACAAAUGGCUCGCUGACAAUCAGCCGGUGGCCCACAGCUGCUGACCGGAGCGCCAUGCCUGAAGACUGGGAAAGUUACACCUACUCUCCUGGCUAUGAGAGGGCCCACAGCAAGACUGAGUCCAAUGACAGGUCGAGCACAGAGGAUUGCCUGGUGCUGAUCUGCUGUGGGCUCUAUGAUCUUCUGAGGGGCGUCUUGCUGCUGUUGCCUGACCUCAUGCUUGAGGAGGUGAUGGACAAACUCAUCCAGCCAGAGGCCCUCAUCGUCCUGGUCAAUCACUCAUCACCGCUCAUCCAGCAAGGAGUCAUGAAGCUGCUGGACGCCUAUUUCACCAGAGCUCUUAAGGAGCAGAAGGAGAAGUUUCUGAAGAAUCACGGCUUCUCACUGCUGGCCAACCAACUAUACAUCCACCAAGGCAGCCAGGGGCUCCUUGAAUGCUUCUUGGAGAUGCUGUUUGGACGGCCGGUGGGCCUGGAGGAAGAUCUGGACCUGGAGGAAAUGGAAAAUCUCUCACCCUUCAGAAAGCGCUGUAUCAUCCCAGUGUUGGGUCUUAUUGAGAACUCUCUGUAUGAGAACUCUUUGGUGCACAACAUUCUGUGUAUGCUCCUGCAGCUCAUCAACGCCUGCCCCAAGCUGGCAGACAUCCUGCUAGACCAUGGACUGCUCUACGUGCUCUUUAACACCCUGUCUACCCUCAAUGGCAUGGAGAACGGUAUUCCCCUGAAUGACUACAAACUCCUGGUGUGUGACAUCCAGCAGAUGCUUGUAGCUGUGACUAUUCACUCCUGCAGCUCCUCUGGGUCCCAGUACUUCCGCAUCAUCGAAGACCUCAUUACCUUACUGGGUUUCAUGCAGACCAGCAAGAUGCGUCGCACACAAGAGAUGGCUGUGGCUUUGCAGUUCCGUGUCCUUCAGUCGGCGAUUGAGUUCAUAAAAACGACCGCCAACCAGGAACCUCAGAAACUGAGCACUUCUGUUAACGCCCCAAGCUCUCCGCAUCACGCCAUCUAUCAGAAACGCAAGAGCAUCGCCGGUCGGCGCCGGUUCUCUCUGGCCCAGACUGACUCUCUGCUGAUGCGAAUGCGCUCUGUAGCCAGCGACGAACUCAACCAAAUGAUGCAGAGGAGGAUGAGCCAGGAAAACCCCAUCCGUGCCAGUGAGACCGAGUUUGUCCAGCGGCUGCAGAGGCUUGUGGUUCUUGCCGUCAACAGACUCAUUUACCACGAUGUGAGUCAAGAUUUAUUUGAUCUGCUGAAUAUCCCAGAGUGCACAGACCAACAGCUUUUCACACCAGAUCCAGCUGAUCAGCCACACGAUGAUGGUGGCUCCGCUUCUGUCCCGCACUCUCCAACUCCCUUCACUCUGCCACCUGCGAGCAAGAAGAGCUUCCAGAAGGACAUCCUCCAGCUCAUGAUGGACGGGAUCAAAGUCAGCCUGGGGAGCACAGGUCGUGGUGGAGCCCCACAUCAGCAGUGGCGAAGGAUCCUGUGGUCCUGUCGGGACACUUUUCGGGUCCAAAUAGGCCGUUUGCUGGUGCACACACUCAGCCCUGCACUUCCCCUAUCAGACAGGAAGGAGGCACUUCAGUUUGUGUUUGAUCCCAAACAUUUGGAUAUCCUCAAGGAGAGUCUCAGCCCUGGACUAGAGCACGGACCAAAGUUGUCGCUGUACCUGUACGAGAUGCUGCACGAUCACAAGGAUAACCUCACCAAAGAAGAGCAGAGCGCCGUGGGUGUAUUCAUGACCUCUCUCAAGCUUUGCGGUCAUCGCUGCAUCCCACCCAACGCGCCACACAAACAAGACUUGCUCAAGGCCAUAAAAGAGGAAAAAUUCAAGUAUGAAGCAGAAGAGAAAACAAGUAAAGUGGCAUGGGAAAAGAAAAUGGCAAAUGCUCAGAGGAAUCUUAUCCAGAGGCUGGAUGGAAAGUCAAAGGAUAUUUCCAAGAUUGCAGCCGAUAUCACUCAGACUGUGUCCCUCCGGCAAGGCAUGGAGAGAAAGAAAGUCAUCCAGCACAUCAGGGGCCUCUACAAGACCGACCUGAGUGCCAGCCGCCACUGGCAGGAGCUGGUGCAGCAGCUCACACACGAUCGUGCGGUUUGGUACGAUCCCACAUCCUACCCAACUUCCUGGCAGCUGGACCCCACUGAAGGGCCGAACCGUGAGCGACGGCGGCUACAGAGAUGCUACCUCACCAUCCCCAACAAAUACCUGCUCAAAGACAGACGCAAGCCUGAAGAAACUGUGAAGCCACCGCUGUCCUUCCUGUUUGAGGAUAAGACUCACUCCUCCUUCUCCUCCACUGUUAAAGACAAAGCCACCAGCGAAUCCAUCAGGUUCACCAGACGUUGCAUCAGCGUUGCCCCUUCCAGAGAAACAGCAGGGGAGCUACUUCUGGGAAAGUGUGGGAUGUACUUUGUGGAGGACAACGCUGCCGACGCUCAUGACAACCAGAGCCUGCACGGGGAGACCGAGGCACCUUCUUUCUCCUGGACGUACGAGGAGAUCAAGGAGGUGCACAAGCGAUGGUGGCAGCUAAGAGACAACGCUGUGGAGAUAUUCCUCACCAAUGGCAGGACGCUGCUGUUGGCCUUUGACAACUCCAAGUUCCGAGAUGACGUCUACCACAACAUACUGACCUCCGAUCUUCCCAACCUGCUGGAGCACGGAAACAUCACGGCACUCACGCAGCUUUGGGGCUCGGGUCAGAUCUCCAACUUCGAGUACCUCACGCAUCUCAACAAGCACGCCGGCCGCUCCUUCAACGACCUCAUGCAGUACCCGGUGUUCCCCUUUAUCCUGCGAGAUUACACCAACGAAACUCUCGACCUGCAGGACCCAAACAUCUACAGGAACUUGAGCAAACCCAUCGCCGUCCAGUCCAAAGAGAAAGAGGAUCGCUACGUGGAUAAUUACAGGUACCUGGAGGAGGAGUACAAGAAGGGCAUCCGUGAGGACGACCCCAUGCCUCCCGUCCAGCCUUACCACUACGGCUCCCACUACUCCAACAGUGGCACUGUGCUGCACUUCCUGGUUCGCAUGCCUCCUUUCACAAAGAUGUUUCUCGCCUAUCAGGACCAGAGCUUUGAUAUCCCGGACCGGACGUUUCACUCCAUGAACACUACGUGGCGUCUGUCCUCCUACGAGUCCAUGACUGACGUCAAAGAGCUCAUCCCAGAGUUUUUCUACCUCCCAGAAUUCCUGGUUAACAGAGAAGGUUUUGAUUUCGGGGUUCGUCAGAAUGGCGAGAGGGUGAAUCAUGUGAAUUUACCGCCGUGGGCUCGCAACGACCCACGUCUGUUCAUCCUCAUCCACCGACAAGCACUAGAGUCCGAUCAGGUCUCCCAGACGCUGUGUCAGUGGAUCGAUCUGGUGUUCGGGCUCAAGCAGAAAGGCAAAGCAGCGGUCCAGGCCAUCAAUGUCUUCCACCCAGCUACCUAUUUUGGCAUGGAUGUUUCGGCUGUAGAAGACCCUGUCCAGCGACGGGCCCUGGAGACGAUGAUCAAGACAUACGGACAGACGCCCAGGCAGCUCUUUAACACCUCUCACAUCAGCAGGACAAGCACCAAACUCAUGAUGGAGGGGGAGCUGCCAGCAGCCAUGGGCCUCCUGGUCCAGCUGGCCUUCAGAGAAAGCAGAGAACCAGCCAAGGAAAUAGUCUGCCCGAGUCCGCUGCCGUGGAUCAAAGGUCUGAAGUGGGGCGAGUAUGUGGGCUCACCUUCCGCUCCAGACCCGGUGGUAUGUUUCAGUCAGCCGCACGGGGAGAGGUUCGGAUCCCUGCUGGCUCUGCCGACGCGAGCCAUCUGUGGCCUCUCCAGCAAGUUCUGCCUCAUGAUGAUUUACAGCAAGGAGCAGGGUGUGCGGAGCAUGCACAGCACAGACAUCCAGUGGUCAGCCAUCUUAAGCUGGGGCUACGCGGACAACAUAUUGAGGCUGAAGAGCAAGCAGAGCGAGCCACCUAUCAACUUCAUUCAGUGUUCACAGCUUCACCAGGUGACCAGCUGCGCCUGGGUGCCCGAUGGCUGCCAGCUAUUUACGGGUAGCAAGUGUGGAGUCAUCACCGCCUACAGCAACCGCUUCACCAGCACCACGCCAUCAGAGAUGGAGGUGGAAUCUCAGGUUCACCUGUACGGGCACACGGGGGAAGUCACCAGCCUGUUUGUCUGCAAACCCUACAGCAUCCUCAUCAGUGUGAGCAAUGAUGGCACCUGCAUCCUCUGGGACCUGAACAGACUCUGUUAUGUACAGAGUCUCACAGGCCACAAAAGCCCGGUGAUGGCUGUGUCUGCCAGCGAGACCACGGGGGACAUCGCAACAGUGUGUGACUCAGAGGGAGGAGGCAGCGACCUUCGCCUGUGGACGGUGAACGGGGACCUGAUUGGGCAUGUCCACUGCAGAGAGAUCAUCUGUUCUCUGGCUUUCUCCAACCAGCCGGAGGGCGUGUCUGUCAAUGUUAUCGCUGGUGGGCUGGAGAAUGGCGUCGUCAGGUUAUGGAGCACCUGGGAUUUGAAACCAGUGAGAGAGAUCACAUUUCCCAAGUCUAGCAAGCCCAUCAUCAGCCUGACGUACUCGUGUGAUGGCCACCACCUCUACACGGCCAACAGCGAGGGCACGGUGAUGGCGUGGUGUCGACGGGACCAGCAGCGCAUGAAGCUGCCCAUGUUCUACUCCUUCCUGAGCAGCUAUGCUGCAGGAUGAGUGUUUGUGUGAUGUUUGCUCCUGUCCACUUCUCAGCAAGAGGACCUCCCCUCCUCCUCCUCCUCUUCCUCCUCUUGUCUGCACUGAUAGAGAGGAGGACAUGUCAGCAUGUCCUCAAACUCUCUGAACCCUCCCUGACUUUUAAAUAAAGCCAUCCCCAGCAGAGCAAACUCUACCGCCGCCAUUCCCAGCAUCAAGAAAUGAUUCUGAAAAUAGUAUUAUAUGUACAUAAGUAUAUAUUUAUAAAUACAUUAAAAUGGACUCUUGCAGGAAUGGUUGAGUAUUUGGCUGAGGCUGCAUCAGACACUUUAUACAGGAUGUAUUUCUGAGAGUGCGUUUCAUUUGUCGAGUCUUUAAUUCCUGCUGAUGUGUUUUUGUUGGCUGGUGUUGAUUUAGCCGUUUCCUGGUAAGCUGCUAUGGUCUGGACAAAGCCAGACUCAAAGUGUGAAGACCCUCGUGUCUCACCUCGACAUCGCUCACGUCUCCUGCAGCGUGCGGUCUGACAGAUCGCCGCCCCAGCUCAGUGAGCGCGUCCUGCUGACGCUGCAGUGGCUGCGAGGGAGGGGAGCCCCCUCCUCGCGUCUGUCGCCAGGAGAGGUCCCGCUCUGCAGGAGUGAGACGUCCCUCCGCCGCGCUGUCUGCUCCACUCAGAUCUGAACACUAGAGUCACGAACCUGCUUCACUUUGUGUCUGACCUCAGUGGACGGACCGAGGGGACCUUGUGGGUGCCUGUUGUUCUGUCCUGCUUUUGCAUGCUAGGAUGAUGCUGCCCUUGACUGUGUGAAUGUGGAUGUGACAUUUGCUGCAAUGAUGCUCCUUGUUUUAAGGCCUCCCUUGGUUAAACCAGUCCAUUUGCUCUUUAAAAACACCAUGGAGGCUCAUCUCUGUCUUACCCGUCGCUUAAAUGCACAAGAACCACUUUUCACUACUUUACAGGGCUGAUUUUUUUUUUUUUUUUUUUUUUUUUUUUUUGAGAAAGCAAUUAACAAACUGUGUUAGAUACUUGCGGUCGGAGGAGGAAGAAGGCGGAGGAGAGAGUGAUUUCCUGAAUGCUCCGUGAUCCUCACUGAUCUCCCACACUUACUUAGCACCUGUGCAGCAUUACUAAAAGGGUGCAGUGGGUGUGGGAGUGUUUAGUAAAGAGCGUUGCGUCGGCUGAUAUCAUAUACACUACAUGCAUCGGUCUGGGAAACGGCCGAGCAGCUGUUUCUUUUUCUUAACUCACUCCAGGAUCCAUGUAGCUUUUCUUUACAUUCCCACUUACGUUACUGCACUUAACGGUUUCUUAAACGAGAAUCAGAAGCACUUUUUUUUUUUUUCCCCCUCAGCUACUUCAGUUUAAGUAGAGCCAAUGAUCUGUGGCCUUAACACGAACUGAGCUUGAUUUAAUUCCACUAAUAAAUCAAAUCCAGAAAGCAAUAUCAGACACAGACAUGCAAUAGGUCAUGUUUUUGCUACCUUGUUUCAUGUGGGAAGAAACCAGGGUUCAUUUCGUUUCUUUUUCUAAGACAGCUGUGAAACAAUUAGUUUUUUUUCCCUUUUGUGGUGACUGCAGCGCCCGGUGACGACUAACGUCAUACACUUACUUGAGAAAGGGAUUAUUUCUUGUUAACUCAUUCCUUUUCGCUUCAUCGACCUGAUUUAUUUUUCUUCCUGAUCCUACGUGGACAUGUUACUGUGUUUGUUUACUGAUUGUUCCUGUAUGAACAUUUCCUCUGUGAAAUGUAUGAAAAAACUUUGUGAACCACAACCUCUCAACCCAAAUGUAUGUUUGUAUGGAUGUUUUUUUGUUGUUGUUUUUUAAUGUAAAAGAAAAGCAGGUAGAAAAUGUGACAGGAGAUUUUCUGACGGAAGGAAAUAUUUUUCUGUUAAUGACUUAAAGCUAUGCAUAAUUUAAGAUCAUCGUUUUAGGUUGCUUAAGUUGUAUUUUGGCCCCUCCUGCUAGUUUUCUUUCUUUUUUUUUCUUUUUUGCAGUUUUGGCAUCUUGAAGGUUCCUAAUGUUUAGUUUUGUUUGUAUGUGUGUGCGUGUUUGAAUGAACCAAGUGAUAAGCAUAUUAUAAAUAUAUAAAAAUCUAUAAAUAUUUGAAGAAAUAUUCCUCCAUCGA